AUGACUAAGUCCUGGACUGAAGCUCAGACAGUCUGCAGACAGAACUACACUGACCUGGCCACCAUAGAUGAUGACAUGGCAGAUAUGAAGAAGCUCAAUAACACAGUAGAAGCAAAAGAAAAUGCGACCAAUAAGUACAUUCUCAUCAGGGAAUAUAAGACUUGGAGUGAAGCUCAGAGCUACUGUCGGGGGAAUUACACAGACCUGGCCAGUGUGAGGAACACAACAGAGAUGGAGGCCAUAAAGACUAGCAUACUAAAACUUGACAACAAUCAACCAGUGUGGAUUGGCCUGAAUAAAUCUCUUGGAGUCUGGUCUGACCAGAGUGGCUCCUCUUACAGGAACUGGGACUCUGACGAGCCGAAUGGGGCAGGUGGGGGAAAAGAGGAAGGAGACUUCUGUGGAGAAGUAACAUCGUCUGGAAAGUGGAACGAUAAAGGAUGUACUCAGACAAAUCCCUUCAUUUGCUACGAUGAUGAACUGGUCCUGGUCUCAGAGAACAAGACGUGGUCAGAAGCCCUGUGGCACUGCAGAGAUCAGAACAUGGAGCUGGUGUCUGCCCACAACCAGAGCAUCCAGCACUGGGUCCAACAGAAAGCCAAGAAGGCCUCCACUCCCUUUGUCUGGCUGGGCCUGAGGUACACCUGCACCCUGGACUUCUGGUUCUGGGUCAAUGGAGAAGAGUCCUGCUACCACAACUGGGCCGGCGGGGAGGGCUACAACACCAUUGAGGAGCAGUGUGGGAACACGGGGGCCAUACAGAGAGACGGGGGACAGUGGGUCGGCAAGUCUGAGAAUGAGAGAUUCAACUUCAUCUGCAGCAACAAUGCUGAUUACUAGAACCAGACCCUGUUCUCUGGACCAGCUGAACACUACAGUCCAACACAUUGUUCCAGACCCUGUUCUGUAGACCAGCUGAACACUACAGUCCAGAACGUUCCAGACCCUGCUCUGUAGACCAGCUGAACACUACAGUCCAGAACGUUCCAGACCCUGCUCUGUAGACCAGCUGAACACUACAGUCCAGAAUGUUCCAGACCCUGCUCUGUAGACCAGCUGAACACUACAGUCCAACACAUUGUUCCAGACCCUUUUCUGUAGACCAGAUGAACCCUACAGUCCAGAAUGUUCCAGAUAUACUCAGAUUUACAUAAUAUAAGGUGAUGGAUACAUAUUAUUUUAAAUAUAUAUUUUUAUUUGUUUACAGUGAGCUCCAAAAGUAUUGGGACAAAUGUUUAGUUGUUUUGGCUCUGUACUCUAACAUUUUCAUUGCAUCCUAGGAAUAUGGGACCAAA